AUGUCCCCCCCUCCCCCGGCCCCGACCCGGGUCCCGGCCGCGACCCCGCGCUCCCAGCCGCCCGAGGAGCACAAAGCCCCGCGCGGUCAGCGGCCCCGCCACCCCGGCGCGCGCCCCCGGCAGGGCGCGCGGGGAAGCGCGGGCGGCGGGGAGCCCCGGAGCCAGCCUCUAAGAAGUUUAGCACACAGAACCGGCGGGCUGGCGGGACAGCGGGCAGGAAGGACGAGAGACGCGCGGCCACUCACCGUCCGCGCUGGGCUCCGCGCCCCGAUCCCGCCGGGGCACAGUCAGGGAAGCGCGGCGGGGGCUCAUCGGGGCAGGGGCGCUCCUCCCGGACAGCCGCAGGGCUGCAUUGGCUCAAACUGGAGACGCUUCCUUCUCUUCCUCUCCUCCCGCCCCCCCGCCGCCGUCGCCGCCUCCUGGGAAAAAGGAAAAAAAGAAAAAGUCCUGGGCAGCAGUUGCUGGAAAGUCUCUGCUAAGCCACCUCCCAGCGCCGCUGUCCCUCCCAAGUCCACGCCAAGUCCGGACGAGGCAGCGGCGGCGGCCAGGGCCAGCUGCACGCACUCUCGGCGCAUGCUCGGGCCGCCGGCCGCCCGGCCGCGAGCCUGGUGGCUGCUGCUUGUCCCCGAGCGAGUCGCGGGCCCCCCGAAGGGACGCCUCACCUUUCCGCGGGCAGGAGAAGGCUAA